AUGAUCAAAUCAGAUAAUUCUAUACCCACAAUUUUAUCAUCAUUAUCUUCAAAUUAUUAUGAUAAUAGUGGUUAUUAUAAUAUAGGAUCCAUGAUAUUGGUAGCAUUUUGCAUGGGGUUGUCAUGGAUAAUAGUCCAUAGGUGGGGCCAAAGGAACAAGGUGGGACCCAAGACAUGGCCAUUGAUUGGAGCAGCACUUGAACAAUUGAUGAAUUAUGAUAAUAUGCAUGAUUGGCUCGUUGAAUAUCUUUCUAAGUCUAAAACUGUUGUGGUUCCAAUGCCCUUUACUACUUACACUUAUAUUGCUGAUCCUGCUAAUGUUGAGCAUGUUCUUAAGACCAAUUUUCCUAAUUAUCCUAAGGGUGAAGUCUACCAAUCGUACAUGGAAGUUUUGCUAGGAAACGGAAUUUUUAAUGCAGACGGUGAAAGUUGGAGGAAACAGAGAAAAACUGCAAGCUUUGAAUUUGCAUCUAAGAACUUAAGAGAUUUUAGUACUGUGGUCUUCAGAGAGUAUAGCUUGAAGCUUCUUAACAUUUUGAGCCAGGCAUCAUUCGAGCAUCGAUCCGUCGACAUGCAGGAAUUGUUGAUGAGGAUGACAUUGGACUCAAUAUGUAAGGUAGGUUUCGGUGUAGAAAUUGGAACAUUGGCACCUGAUCUGCCAGAGAACGCGUUUGCUCGUGCUUUCGAUACAGCUAACAUCAUUGUCACACUAAGAUUUAUUGAUCCUCUUUGGAAGCUAAAGAAAUUUUUCAAUGUGGGAUCAGAGGCUUUACUGAGUGAAAGUAUUACAAUCAUUGAUGAUUUUACAUAUUCUGUAAUCCGGAGACGAAAAGCUGAAAUUGAAGAAGCUAAAAGAAGUUCCAACAACAUCAAGAUGAAACAUGACAUACUAUCAAGGUUCAUAGAGUUGGGAGAGGAUCCAGAGUACAACGCAACAGAGAAGAGCCUAAGAGACAUAGUGCUAAAUUUCGUGAUCGCAGGGCGAGACACCACAGCAACAACACUGUCAUGGGCAAUAUACAUGAUAAUGACCCAUGAAAGUGUUGCUGAAAAGCUUUACUUAGAGCUAAAAUCAAUUGAAGAAGAACGAGCAAAGGAAGAAAAUGUUGACUUAAUUGAGUGUGAUACAGAGGACCCUGUAUCUUUUAACAAAAGGGUGUCACAAUUUGCUGAUCUUUUAACCUAUGAUUCUUUGGCUAAGCUGUACUACUUACAUUCUGUUGUCACUGAAACUCUUAGGCUCUACCCUGCAGUUCCUCAAGAUCCAAAGGGGAUAUUGGAGGAUGAUGUACUACCAGAUGGAACCAAAGUAAAAGCAGGGGGUAUGGUGACUUACGUACCAUAUUCUAUGGGUAGAAUGGAGUACAAUUGGGGUCCUGAUGCUGCUGAUUUCAAGCCUGAAAGGUGGCUUAAAGAUGGUUUAUUCCAAAAUGCCUCUCCUUUUAAAUUCACUGCUUUUCAGGCUGGACCAAGAAUAUGUCUAGGGAAGGACUCAGCAUAUUUACAGAUGAAGAUGGCGUUAGCUAUUCUGUGUAGAUUUUACAAAUUCAAGCUGGUACAAGGGCAUCCUGUCAAAUAUAGAAUGAUGACUAUUCUCUCAAUGGCUCAUGGAAUGAAGCUUACGGUCUCUAGAUGUUCUUAACUAGCUAGUUACUAUUUGCAAGAUUAUUGUUAAUUUAUCAUAAAUAUGUACGUGUAGUGAUAUAUAUGAUUUGGAUCUUGUAAAUUUAUAUACAGUUCAUGUUAUUUUUUUUCUUUGUUUUUAUUUUAUGCCAUAGUACAUGAUAACCAAGAAAAUUUUUAUAUGCACCUAGAUGCACCCAAAGUUAAGUACGUCCAAGAGUAUUUUUCUGUUUGUUCGAGGAGUUGAAGAUUUUUAGUUUUAAUAAACUCUUUUUUUUAA